AUGGCCGAUGUAUCAGAUGGGGAGGAUCUCAGGCAGGCUUUGACGUCUCGUGUGCCCUACUCCUUGCUCAGUGUCUCACUUCAACAGCGUUAUAGCAUGGCCGAGUACCAUGACCGAGUGGCUAAGCAUAGUAUUCUCCACAAUCAUGCUUACUAUCGACUUCCAGAAUACGCGCGGGCAGGCCUUUCUGAGGCCGCAUAUUAUACGCAAAUGAUCCAGUAUGGAGGGGAAACCCUUCAACUUUAUCCGUAUGUGCAUCAAAAGAGAAUUCUUUUCUACACCAAAGAGACACAGCUGUCGUACUAUGUGAAGAUGCUCAUGGAGCUUCUGAAGAAGGAGCAGAACUAUGACCAGCUCCCAAACUUCACCGCUUUAGAUAUCCUUCGACUCCUGCGAAUUGGUCGAAAUCAAUUUCUUAAUAUCACCAAGGAGGUGAGAAGUAAGUUGCGGUGGCACACAAAUCGCAACUACAUCACCAAUCACCUUCCCGCAAUGCUGGCGUCUUCUGUCGAGGUUCGACCCUUCUGGAGGGUCUUAGUGGUUGAACAGCCGACCUUCCUGGUAUGGAAGGCAUGCCACUUGCAUACGGUGGAGGACUACACACUCUACCAACUGCUUCUUAGUAACGGGAGUGCGACGCAAGUAUCGGCGGAUUCGCUCCAAACCAUGGGUAUUGAGCGGAGUUUAUUCCUUAGGGAUGUGGUUUUUGCCUGUGAGUUGCCCAAGUCACCACUGCUGCGACUGUAUCGGAAGGGCUUGGUUAGUUUUGACUUCAACGUUUCGCCAGAUGAUCGAAUCGUUGUGCCCCCACUGGAGGAUUUUGUGAUGAAUCGCACCUGUGAUGAUCCUCAUGAGUUGUUGCUCUACCGCGUCAUGUCCACCUCCGACGAUCGAACCCCACUCCACCUUCUCGCACAACUGCUCAUGCUGGAUGUCGAGGACGUGUGUGCGGCAGCGCAUGUUCUGGUUCGGCUGGGGCUGGCUCUUUUAAAGAGCAGUGCCGCGCCAGCAAGAACUUUGAAGCAGCUCAAAUCGAUUCAUCCGACAUGGGGCACCCAGGUGCAGGAGAUGGUGCAGUUGUCCGCCAGCUCCAAUGUACCCACAGAUAUGUUUACUUCUGGUGGAUCGCCCAUAGUCAGCCACGAUCACCCACUUAAGCGCAUCGCGUUGCUUUAUGACGUGACUCUGACGGGAUUUCUCAUGACAAAUGUCAGCCGGGAUCCCGCGUUUAAGCGGCACGCCGUCACUCUGUUUGAGGUGGGUAAGAUGCCCGAUGAGUUGGUGAAGAGUUUUCUAGCCAUUCUCGAUGGCAUUGAUUUAGGCGAGGAGCGGGCGUUUGGCAGUGAGGUACUCAAGUACAUCCGCUGUGUCUAUUGUCUACGAGAGACGCUGAAGGUUCUCAGAUCUAUCAGAGGCCCCGAGGGUGCCGAAGGGGUUGAUCUUUUAAAGAUUGAGUCCCUUAACGAGCUGGAGGCAACUACCAGAUAUUCUGUUCUUGGAAGAAAUUAUUGGUGCUACAUUACCAUGGAUCCGUUGGCCAAUGUACCUCUCAUAGAUAUUGAGCUGAGCUGUGUGUAUGGGAGCACCGCCAGCCUCAUGGCGUCACCAUGGCUACUUCUCUAUUUGCACGCGAAGACGCGGCGUGGACCACCGAGUCUUUUCAUUCCCUUUGGUUCCUUUGUGCAGUAUUGGCCACCUUUGUUUGAUCAAGACAAGCAAAAUGGUGACUCGGAUAGAGGGCAGUCAGCAUUUUGCGGCACCCAUAGUACUGCUGAUGGCAAUAGUUCCUCGGGUGGGAGCGACAGUCGAGCUGACUUCGUAGUUGGAAGAGCCACAAAGCUACGUGUGCAACCAAUCGCUCUGGACUCGGAGGCCUCAUAUGUUGACCUCGAUACCUCCCUGCCUCUUGUUAAUGAAAUGGCGCUUGUGUCGCCAGUUCUGGUGCAAUGUGCUGUGUCAGUGCCUUUGGUGUGCAAGCGCGACGGUUCUGUAUCAGAGAUGGCAUCUUACUACUUCAGAGAAGUCGAAUUUCCCUUUACCGCCACUCGCGAGCAAGUCAUAAAACUCAGCACAAAAGCGAUUGCUGUCAAAAAAGGCACUGCUAAUGAGCGUGAAAAUGUGGAGGCAAGUGCGCAGACACUGUUUGUGGAUGAAAGGGAUGACCUCUAUGCGACGCUGCAGAGUUGUGUUCAGGCGCUUCACCUGGAGCACUCCUUGGGUUACAUCACUUGCUGUAUUGGUUUCUAUGCUAAUUAUUCUCCCGAGUCAGCGGAGCCCAUCACGCACCGGGACUCGAUGCAGAGCCAGCCGCAUGGAACGGACCAUGACGAUGGAGCGGUCCUAUUUGCAAGCGAAGAGCUCGCACCAGCCCAGGGACUCAGCUGGGUAUGCACUCUGGACACAGUGCACGUGGUGGGGAUAGGAUUUGGGGUUCCUUUGAUGAGCUUGGAGUGCUGUUUGUGCAUAUUACCGGGCCUCCCUGCUCUACUAUCGGAAGAGUCAACUGAGAAGCACAAUGCUGCGAUGCGAGGUUGUGUGGAAGAGUUUAGCCUCUUUAUGGAACAACAUUCGUCGCUGACACGCCCUGUGUACGAGAAAUUACCUAUCCAAUCCGUUUCUACUGCUGGACCCAAGGCACAGUUGCAUUUACGGCAAGUGUGCAGGCAGGCUGGUGCCUUGCCAUUCCCUCGGACCUUCCUUUUUUUUGAUGGGACGAUUUUGCGUACUGUGGACGAUGCAGACCCGUUAUCCGAUCUGUUGUAA